UCUGUGUUACCUGAAUCUUGUGGAUGUUUGCCACGUGGGUUCGCCCCACAACGAUGCUUUAGCAAGAAUAAAUUACCUGAAUCCACAAGUCGACUUAACAUUCAAAUUCUUCCAGUUUCUUCCUGGACAUCUUCUUCCACUUGCGCCGCCGCGAAAUCUUCAUUUUUCGCUCUUUUUGAAAAGAAAAAUUAAACGAAUCGAAAUAAUGGAGCUGGAUGUCCAGAACCCGCUGACCAGUCUCGACGAUUUACAGAACGCCGGCGUCGCUUCCCUCUUCUCCGUCGAGUCCCACCACGCGCCGUCGCCUUUCUCUUUCCGGCCCUCCGAACCACGAUCCUCCCUCCGCCGAACCGUCUUCUCUCUCAUUUCUCGCGCAAAAUUGUCUCACGACUUAGAUCCAUUCCUUGUCUACCUCGCCGGCAAUUACGCCGACCGAUUUCUCUCCGAGCAGCAAAUUCCGGAGAAAAGGCCAUGGAUGGCGCACGUCCUCGUAGUUGCAAGUUUGUCCAUUGCCGCCAAGACGACUAAUGCCGAUUUAUCAGUUCCUCUCUCCCAAUUACAGAGAGAAGAAGAUUUUGAGGUGGACUCACGGUGGGUCCACAGAAUGGAGAAGGUUCUGCUCGCAACCCUCCAAUGGCGGACGCGAUACCUUACCCCUUUCUCUUUCCUCCGAUGUUUCAUCUCCAUUUCUGGAAUCGACGGCUCUCGUUUAGCUCACCGUCUCGAGCAUCGAGCUUCACAGAUCAUUUUGGGUGCUCAACAAGAAUUCGAAAUUUUAGUGUUUAAGCCGUCAGCAAUUGCAGCCUCGGCGGUUCUGUGUUCGAUUCACGAGCUGACUCCGCAGAACUUUCCAUCUUCGGAGUCGGCAAUCUAUUCGUGUGAAUAUCUGAACAAAGACGCGGUGUUGGAAUGUGUGGGCGUGAUGCAGGGGAUAACAAGAAAUGGUGGAUAUGAGUUGGGCACAGGCGCAACAGAGAGUUGUACGUCCACGCCCAUCAGUGUUCUCGAUGAGCAAUGUACAAGUUCCGGAAGCGUGGAGGGUACACCAAGUUUGAGUGAUAAUGACGUUUAGCGGCGGAGGUCACAGAACAAAGUUCAGCGAAAAUGAUGAAAUUUAAAAAAGAAAGGAAAAAAGAAAAAAGAUGUUUUUGUUUCUUUGUGAUUGGAUGGUGACAAUUUACCAAAUCAUAAUCUUAAAGGUAACACCCAAAUCAAUGUCGGAUUUGGAAUCCCCGAACAUAAUAAUGUUAUGUUCCCUGUAGAACACAAAUCAUUCUUACAAAAGAGGAAAAUUCACAAUUUACAGUUCAAGUUUUGUUAACCUACCAAAAGAUUAUAUUUUCGAAAUAUAUAGUAUAUUAAAGUUAAAUUUGUUAAUCAUCUAAAGUAAAUCAUAAUCAUUCCCACAUUUCCAAUUGUGGAUAAACUAU